AAUUCAACCCAGCACCUUCUCGACAGCGUCCAAUCCAAUCCACACACCGCACGGGCGCAGCUCCUACCGGCAACGAUGGAGUCGAUAGCGAGGAUCUCGGGUCUCAUGGAGACUGCGAGAGAGCUGACCCUCGAUGCCGCCCAGGCGACGCGCAACAUGAGCAACAUGCGAACCAGCGCCCGCCCGCUCGAUCGCAACCAGAUGAGGAAGCUCCUCGACAGCAGGAAUGACCGGGAGAUUCUCGACGGCCUGCGACGGGUCAUCUCGAUGAUGUACCGAAACCACAAGACGCUGCCAUUCUUCUCCUCGGUCGUCAAGAAUGUCGCCUCGCCCAACAUCGAAAUCAAGAAGCUCGUCUACAUCUACCUCAUCCACCACGCCGAGCACGAGCCCGACCUCGCCCUCCUCUCCAUCAACACCAUCCAGAAGUCGCUGUCCGACACCAACCCCCAGGUCCGCGCCCUCGCCCUUAAGACCAUGUCGGGCAUCCGCGUCCCCGUCAUCAGCCAGAUCGUCUCUCUUGCCAUCAAGAAGGGCGUCGUCGACAUGAGCCCCUACGUCCGCAAGGCCGCCGCCUUGGCCAUCCCCAAGUGCUACCGCCUCGACCCUAGCCAGUCGCCGCAGCUCAUCGAAUACCUGUCCGCCCUUCUCGGCGACAAGCAAUACUACGUCGCCGGCGCGGCAGUAUCCUCGUUCCUCGAGAUCUGCCCCGAGCGCAUCGACCUGAUACACAAGCACUACCGCGCCCUGGUGCGCAAGAUCGUGGACAUGGACGAGUGGAGUCAGUUGGCCAUGCUGCGUCUGAUGACUUGCUACGCGCGCAAGUGCUUCCCGCGGAGUCAAGGAUCGAAGAGCCCUACACAGGAUAAUUCGACCGAUGACUUUUACAGCGAGUCCACGGGUGCUGCCUCGGGCCGCGGCUCCUCCAUGAAUCCCGACCUGCUCCUCCUCCUCAACGCCCUACGACCGCUGCUCCAGAGCCGCAACUCUGCCGUCGUUGUCGCCGUUGCGCGGUGCUACGUCGCUGUCGGGACGCCCGAGUACGUCAAACUCGCCGUCGGUCCACUCGUUGCGUUGCUGCGCGGGGCCCAGGACAUCCAGCAGAUUGCCCUCUACAACAUCGUCUCGGUCUGCCUCCUCCGGCCAACGGAUUUUGUAAAGUACGCCAGCCACUUCCUGGUCAAGUCGACGGACACGGCGCCCGUCUGGGAACUGAAACUGGAGGUCUUGGCCAUCAUCUUUCCCCACAGCCCCAUUCAUGUCAAGAGCCUCAUCCUGAAGGAGCUUGAGCACUUUUCGCAAGGGUCGAACAAGGCGCUGGUGCGAGAAGCCGUUCGCGCGAUCGGACGAUGCGCGCAGUCCGAUGUGACGACGGCCCCCCGGUGCUUAAAGUUGCUCCUAGGGCAGAUCACGAGUCUAGAUGGGACGCUCGCCGCCGAGUCUCUGACGGUCAUCCGCCACCUGAUACAGCAAGAUGCUGAGGGCCAUGUUGGCACCGUGGUAAGGCUUGCAAAGAACCUCGACUCUGCCACGGAUCCGCAGGCCCGGGCCACCAUCAUCUGGCUUGUGGGCGAGUUCUCUGGACUCAAUGGCGAGGACAAUAUUGCACCAGACGUCUUGCGAAUCCUUCUCAAGGACUUUGUGAGCGAGUCGGAGGCUGCCAAGCGCCAGAUCCUGUUGCUCGCCGCCAAGGUCUACCUGCACCACAUUAAUCGCCAGAGCGAGGCCGAAAAAGAAAGGGCAGCCGAGGAGGAUCCGCCGCAAGAGUUGGACAAGCAUCCGAUUGAAAGGCUGUGGGACUAUGUGGUGCUGCUUGUCAGGUACGACACGUCGUACGACCUCAGAGACCGGGCGAGAAUGUAUCGAUCCUUGCUGGGCGUCCCCCAGCUGGCGACGCUCAUGCUCCUGGCCCCUAAGCCUGCCCCACAGGCCCCGAGCCCGUCGGAAUCGAGAAAGGGCUUUCUGCUCGGGUCGUCAACGUUGGUCCUGGCCGGCGGAGGCGGCAUUCACGGCCUGAGUGGAUACGAGACCUUGCCGGACUGGGUCGAGGCUGGCAAGGAGCCGGAUCCGAGACUCCGGGACGAGAAUGGAGGCGGGCCGUCAUCCCGCCACGACGGCGACAAGGCUACGCCCGCAACGGAGAGGCUUGACGACGCAGCCCGGGCCACGCCGCCGCAAAGGGCGAAUGGUCUCGGCGAAAAGGUUGGCGCCAAAACUCUGGAUGAUUGGCUGGCCGAGGAAGAAGACAAUGGAGAGACGGAGGAGGAUGAGACGGAAGAAGAGACGGACGAUGAGGAGGAAGAAGGGGAAGAGAGCGAUGAGGAUGAGGAGGAUGAGGAGGAGGAAGAGGAAGAGGAGAGUGACGACGAUGGGGAGAAUGAUAGGCUGGUCAAGCAGUGAAUUAUUAGCAUCGCAUCAUGGGUACACUAGAGGCAUAGCGAGCAAAGGGCAUGGAGUCCAAGUCUUGCUUCUCGUAAGCCUUGAAAAAUAUGCAUUGCAAC